UAUUCUUGUGAGUUCCUCCCACUGGGGUGACAGUUCUAUAUAGAAUGUAAUGAAACCUGCAGCAAACCUACCUGUUCUUCUAAUUCCACCUGCACAGGAGAGCUCAGGGCUGGGGUCAAGAGAUGCCACCCCAGAGAAGGAUUUACUUACUUCGGCUCGGAGUGUUGAUUAUUCUUGGAGUUGUUUUCAUCAAAUAUAAGUCUAAAAGCAGCAGCCAUCAUGAAGAGGGCAUAGUCUAUGCAGAUAAGAUGGAGGCAGGAUGGUUUUGGGGGCAAGAUGACACGAACAAAAAAGAAGAAAAAAGGGAGCCCCCGCAGGAACCAGUGGUCAAAAUUACUGUUAAGAAGGAUCCUAUAAAUAAAAAAGAUGAAAAAAAAGAUUUAAUUCAGAUGAAACUUGUCCAUUUGGAUCUCAAGGGAGCUGCCCCCAGGAUUACUUAUUUUGAACAGCUAUUCCCCCUUCUGUCCAAACUGGGCGCCAAUGGAUUGCUUAUUGAAUAUGAGGACAUGUUUCCUUUCAGUGGUGAAUUAGAAGUCCUGAAAUCGGCGUAUGCUUACAGUGAAGCAGACAUUGACAAAAUCUUGAAACUCGCCAAAAUGAAUAAACUAGAGGUUGUACCACUGGUCCAAACGUUUGGGCACAUGGAGUAUGUUCUGAAGCAUGACAAAUUCAGGGGAUUGAGAGAGGUGGAACGUUAUCCCAACAGCCUGAACCCUCACCACGCAGAGUCCUUGCCGCUGGUGAAAUCCAUCCUGACUCAAGUUCUAGAGAAGCACCCCACAUGCAACUGGAUCCAUAUCGGGGCCGAUGAGGUUUAUCACCUUGGAGAAGGACAGGACUCUAAGGCCUGGCUUAACGACAACCAGGGGAAUCUGGGCAAAAUGUUUGUCACUUUCAUCAAAGGGGUGGUCGGUUUUCUCCAUGAACAUUUCCCUGAGAAGGAGCAACUAAUGUGGGACGAUAUGCUUAGAAAGCUGAAAGUGGACGUCAUUCAGGCUUCUGGAAUCGCGACACAUGUGUCUCCUGUCCUGUGGAUCUACAAUUCAGCUUUCAGCAGUGAUUUAGCAGAAUCCCAUAUAAGCAAAUAUCAGGAAAUUGGGUUCAAAUCCAUCUGGUUUGCAAGCGCUUUCAAAGGCGCAUCAGGAGUAGACAAACUGUUGACACCCAUUAAUAUGCACGCAAAGAACCACAUACAGUGGAAGCAAAUUAUAGACACCAUGCCUUCCAAAUUCUCCAAAAUCCGCUAUGCGGGCAUCGCGUUAACUGGAUGGCAAAGAUAUGAUCAUUACUCGGUUCUGUGUGAACUUUUGCCUGUAGGCAUCCCGUCCCUAGCUGUGUGCUUGCAGAUCCUUCAGCGUGGUGAAUUCAAUGAAGAGGCCAAAAAAGAGAUCACUAGCAUGCUGGGAUUCAAUACUAUCAAUGUUGAGACGAACAUAUGUGAAGGGAAUGGUGCGUUCCCUGGAUCUGAUAUUUACAAUAUGGUACAAAAAAUCCAUAAUGAAUUGAAACAGAAUGUCCGGGAACUCACGGAUGGAAACGAUUUGAUCAGGGGCUGGUUUUCACCUUACCAUCGAAAACACAAGUUUGGAAAUCCACACAGGAUGGAGACAUUCAGUGCAAAGUUGACUAAGACCCAUGAAGACUGGGAAAAUCUUAUUCAAGCCCUGCGCACCCAGCUGGAGUCUAUCUACUUCCCCGAUACAGUGGAGGAAUGGAUGGAAGAGAAUGUGAAUCCCCAGUUUGACCUCGUGAGUGGAAUGGCAAAAGACUUUCAGGAUAUCUUGCCCCUCUAUGCAAAACCAAAAGAUGCUCCAAAGCUUUGAGCGGAUACCAACAUAUUCCAGGAAAGGUCAAAAAAGGCAUUAUUUGGGUGGAACAGUUUGGGAUACAAGAUCGUGUGAAUGUAAAUAUCUGAGCAGUGCAUAUAGAUAUAGAAGAAUGUGAAUACAGUAUACUUAUGCAGAACUGCGCACAUCUGCAGCAAGAUGUGUACACGCCAUCUUUGGGUCCAGAUAAAAAGGGACUGUUACUAAUACUCUGUCUCUGACGAGUCUUAUGUCUUUGUGUGUCACAUAAGGGGCCAAGUUCUGCCCCUGUCUGUAUGCUAUUCAGAGUAUUAACAUACUUUUUCUUGACAUGAGACAGAGAGUUCUCCUCUUCUCUAUUCGAGGUGUAUUAGAAAGGGGCAAACGUGUUUAGAAAAUACUAGAUGAUUUUUCCAAGGAUCAGCCCAAAGCUCUGAAAUAUUAUAAUAGAACUCAAGCUGUUGUUACUACAAUAGGGGUCUCACUGACCUAUUCAAAAAUUUCCAGACACCAUUUUUCACACCUAUACGGGUAAUCACAGUAACCUCAUGGAAAAAAAUGGACGGGGAGAUUCAGCCCCUUUAAUAAUAUUAUUAUUAUUUUGAACUUAAUUGCCUCUGGAUUUUGCAUGUGUUUGCCCUCUACUUACAGGCAGCAUUAGAAUCCUAAUAUUUAAAAAUACACAUUAAUUACACAAAAUAAAAUAAUACGCUACCACUAUAUCCCAGAUAUACGUGCGUGUGCCAAAUGGUUUGCAAUGUGAUGAGCCUCUGUCGUUAUCUAGAUUUAUAUGAUUGAGUGUCCUCUGGAUUUUUAGCUUUUUAGAGCAGAUCCCGACCCACCUUGUUUUGUCACAGUGUAUUUAGCUCUACUUUGUUUGUACAGUGCUGCGGAAUAUGUUGUUGCUGUAUAAAUAAUGACCACUAUCCACAUAAGAGAAGCCACGAAGAGAUCAUCUAUUCAUAAGGGCUUAUUUACUAAACCCCAAAUUGGAAUGAAUUGGAAAGCUAGACUGUAAAAUGCUAACAAAAUAGCUCAUCUGGAAUAAUUUUCUGACUUUGCUAUAGUCACAGCUCGGCUAAAAUUAGCAUUUUAAUUUUGAAUUCACAAACCUGUUAAUGUUCAGCAGAUAUUUCAUUGGAUAUCUAUUGUUUGAUACAUAUUAACUAAAGUAGUUUCAAUGUUUUUUUUUUUUUUUUUUUAAAUCCAUAACUUGUUAGAAUGGGGAUAUUCUAUAACUCUUUUUAUGUAUGACAGCAUAGGGCCGUUCGGUUUAAUUUAUAUCGGAAUUGUUUAAAAAUGAUAAACCAUGUUCAUUCUUGUUUCUAUUUAAUUUGUAAAUAAAUCCUAUUUUCCUAAA